AUGGACAAGGAUCGAGCGUUGGAAGAGAUGAUGGGGAAACUCGGAGACUUCGGGCGGUAUCAAUGUUUCCAGUUCAUCCUUCACAUAUUGGCAGCUAUGACAGCAGGAAUGCACAUGCUCUCCUUAGUGACGGUAGCCGCGGUGCCUGACCACAGAUGUGCAUUGCCAACAGAGAGUUUGAAUCACUCCGAGCCAUGGAAUUCUACAAUUGUUUUGAAAUCUAUUCCUUUAAAUGAACACGGGAAACUUGAUGCCUGCAAGAUGUACGGACCAAAUAAAACAUUAGAGGAAUGUCAAUCCUGGAUAUACGAUACUCAAUACUAUACUUCAUCUCGUGGGAUCGAGUGGGACUUCGUGUGCAACAGGCGAUGGAUGGGAGCGUUCGCCCAAACUUCCUAUAUGUUUGGUGUCAUAAUAGGAUCGCUUGCACUCGGCAGACUUUCUGACAAAUUCGGAAGGAAGACGGCGUUUGUUUGGUCUGGAGUACUUCAAUUAAUAUUUGGUGCUUCAGUGGCUUUCGCUACUGAUUACUAUACAUUCGUAGCAAUCCGGUUUUUAUAUGGCAUAUUUGGAUCAGGCGCAUAUAUAGCGGGUUUUGUACUUACAAUGGAACUCGUUGGACCUAACAAACGAACAGUAUGCGGUGUUGUUUUUCAAAUAAUGUUCGCAGUAGGUAUAAUGCUGUUGGCCGCCUGGGGAUACCUACUAGACAAUAGAUUCUACUUACAAAUACUUUAUGCUCUUCACGCAGCUAUUUUGCUUCCGCACUGGUUCUUGAUGGACGAAUCCCCAAGGUGGUUGUGGUCACAAGGGCGUGCACGGGAAUCUGUUGCAAUUGUAGAGAAAGCGUUGAAGAUGAACAAAUCGAAUGAGACCGUAGACGCGCCUUUAUUAGUAUCUCACUGCAAAGCCACUUGUGCGAAGUACACUGAUGAACAUUCCGCAGCAGCAUCGGAUCUUUUUAAAACUCCGAACAUGCUAAAGAAAACGUUGAUUAUAUGCGGUUGUUGGUUUGCUAACUCCGUUGUUUAUUAUGGGUUGUCACUUAACACAGGCAAGCUCAACGGAAAUCCAUACUUUAUCAUAUUUUUAAUGGGCAUUGUCGAACUACCUAGUUAUGUCAUAAUUAUGUACUUCCUAGACCGAGUGGGUCAUAGAGCAUUAAUUAGUACAAUGAUGCUAUUAGGCGGUGUGGCUUGUUUAAUUGUAGUCGCUUUACCACAUGGGUCGUCUUCAACGACCGGUGUGGUCAUGGUUGGCAAGCUUUUUAUAUCCGGUUCAUAUUCUAUUAUCUACAAAUAUUCGGCAGAAUUGUUCCCCACUGUUAUACGUAGCUCCGGAGUAGGUCUAGGAAGCAUGUGUGCGAGUGUUUCAGGCGCCCUGACACCUUUAGUAAGCUUACUAGAUACACUCAAUCCUAAAAUACCUACUAUUAUUUUUGGCUUCUUGGCUCUCCUCUCAGGGAUGUCUACUUUCUUCUUACCUGAAACAAUAGGCCGUGUAUUGCCACAGUCUAUUGAGGAUGGUGAAAAAUUUGGCCUUGGUGACACGUGUUUCACUAACUGCACAGGUCGGAGAAUGAGUGGGAGUACCACGGAUGUUCCUGAAACAAUGCUCCCGUUAGAGCCCAUGGACAAAAAGUCCUAA